AUGAGUCGUCUCGGAGGGGGUGGAGAUAUCUCCGCCAUUUUCGUUCAUGCCGGUGCUGGCUUUCAUGCACCACACAAUGAAAAAGCUCAUCUAGAGACCUGUGAUAAUGCGGCAAGAGUGGCCAUGGCAGUUCUAAAGAACGGCGGCUCGGCCGUCGAUGCCGUCGAGGCUGCCAUCAUGGUGCUAGAAGACUCCGAUAUUACCAAUGCGGGCUACAAUAGCAACCUGAAUAUUGAGGGUAAGGUCGAGUGUGAUGCUACCAUGGUGGACCAUCUAGGGCGGAGUGGUGCGGUAGGGGCCACGGCUCAAGUCAAAAACCCCAUCUCUCUUGCAAGGGUCAUCCUUGACGCCUCAUCGAGGCCCUUGUCACUGUCACGGGUGCCUCCGAACUUCUUGGUGGGACAGGGUGCAACGGAAUACGCCUACGAACAUGGGCUGGUGGUGCUACCCCCGGACGCCUUGAUCUCCCCAGGUGCGCGAGAUCGUUGGAAACACUGGCGACGGGAGCUGGAAGCUGCAACUCUCAGGGAGAGAAAGCAACACGGAGACCAUGAUCCUCAUAGAGCCUUCAUUCGCCGAUCAGUGUCUGUCAACCCAGCCCAGAUGCUGGAGCCGCUGUCGAGACCAGCCUCGGUGACUGGGAUAAGCUCUCCAGUUGUAAUAAAAGGGACGACUGCGGAUCCACGGCUCACCCGUCAACCCCACGGUAUAACGCCCCCAGCAGGCCCGGACUGCUCACCAUCCGACUCCCCCAGGGUCAAGGACGCCAAGUUUGUUGAUGGUAUACAGCAUGCUGCAUCCGCGACCUGGCCCUCCGGGGAUGGAAACCUGUCUUUGACUGACGGUAACUCUCCGUCGCCGUCUGCUGUCGAACCACUCCGUUCCUCUGACGCUACAGAAAUCGACCGCGUCAAUGACACCGUGGGCGCCAUUGCCAUAGACAGCUAUGGCAAUAUCGCCGCGGGCUCCUCUUCCGGGGGUAUUGGGAUGAAACACCGUGGCAGGAUCGGACCAGCUGCGCUUGUCGGCAUUGGGACUUUUGUCAUCCCGGUGGACCCUGGAGAUCCAGAGGCAACCAGUGUUGCGACGGUUACUUCAGGGACUGGCGAGCACAUCGCGACAACCAUGGCCGCCAGCACCUGCGCGUCGCGCGUUUACUAUAGCCACCGACGAUGCAAAGAUGGCAGUCUCGAAGAGGUCACGGAGGAAGAAGCCAUCAGGGCUGUGAUCGCCGAUGACUUCAUGGCUCAUCCAGGCGUCAGAGGCAGCAUUUCCCACGGUGCUAUCGGCAUCGUUUCGGUCAAGAAGUCCGUCGAUGGGAUAUUCCUCUACUUCGCACACAACACCGAUUCUUUCGCCCUUGCAUCGAUGAGCAGUGCCGACAAGAAGCCGGUCUGUGUCAUGUCGCGUAGCAGUGGGGGCGGCAGCAUCGCCCAGGGUGGCCGCGCUUGUCGACCCAAGAGGUAG